CGAGAACAAUUUUUUAAUCGACUACCGGCAUAUGUACGCAAACCUACUUGCUCAUUCAAGCCAACUACCAACAAUCUGUCUGGCAGCCAUGGUGUCUGUGAACAUUGUGCGACCACACUCGUCCUGCCAAACCUGGCAGCAGACAGUCUUGUAUGGCUGGCCCGACGCCUUGGGCCCGGUAUCACGGCUCGUGUACUCUUCAAGCGGAUACUUAGCACUCUUACACUUUGUUAUCAAGUUGGCACAUGAACAUUUUAACUCAUGCCUCAUAUUCUUAUUCAAGCAGAUAAUAAUUGAUAAAUUAUAUAAAUUGCAGUUACUUAUGGGAUUUGCUUUACUUUUCUUAAAUUCAGCCAUUUACCUGAAAUGCUUUUUUUGCUUUACAUCUGUAGAUAUAAACAUGAUUAAAGACAAACAAAUGUCGAGAUCAAUUCGACUCUUAACUGUAAUAGUCCAUGCGAACUAUCAAUGGGGUGGACUAAUAAUCAAUUCACUUGGUCAGACACGACUGAGAUAUAUACUUAACAAUCAAGCAUUUGAAACAUUCGCUAAGGCUUUAGAAUAUUGA